UCCGGCCAUGUGCUUAAUGGUAGACUCGGCCAAUAGUUUCUUCUGGUCAAGUUCUUGUCGGCUGAAAGAGUGGCCUAACAAGUCAGUAGCGAUCUUUGACUCCGAGGGCACAAACUUGAGCGCACCCAGUCUUCAAAUAUAAGUCAAAUUUUGUUGGUAUGAUAAUGAAAUGAUGGUAAGCAAAGCAAAUCGAGUCAAAAUUGAAGGAAACCAAAUAAAUCUUGGACCAUCCUCUCCCUUUCUUCCCCAUCUCUUUGUUUUUCCCUUUCAAUGGCAAGAAGAAUGUCCCUCGCAGCAGGAGGACUACUGGCCACCAUUGUUCUAGUCCUAUUCCAUCAAAGCUGCGGUGCAGGGGAUAGUCAUCACUGUGCUCCUUCUUCCUGUGGUAAUAUCCGCAACAUAAGCUAUCCAUUUCGAUUAACAAGCGAUCCAGCAAACUGCGGCCAUCAAAAUUACAGCCUUUCAUGCGAGAACAACCAAACAGUGUUAAACUUGUUUGCUGGAAGAUUUUACGUGCGGGAAAUCAAUUACAGUUCGUAUACAAUUCGAGUCGUAGACUCGGGUAUUCAAGAUGGUAAUCUCUCCUUCAUCCCUCGUUAUUUUCUGAACCGUGCUAAUUUCAGCUUACGGGAUCCUUAUAUCACAAGUCAUCCAUUUGAUGUAUAUGGCCAAUGUAAAGGUGAGUGGUUCGGGGCACCAACGGACCUCAUUGGACCAUGGCCAGAGGCUGUGGUUUUCCUGAACUGCGAAAAGCCACUGAAAUCUGGGUCUUUUUUUAACAUUUCUACUUGCUCUAAGAAUUCUUCUUUAUCCCAGUCCAAGAGAUACAGAUACGUUAAGUUUGGCUCCCCGACGACAACGGAUGUGGAGGACUUGUGUCAAAUAGAGCAAAUGACUCUGACAUUGUCGAAAGAACAGCACCCAAUUAGAACCUUGACUAGCUGUACAAAUGUUUACAAUGAACUGGCCUACGGAUUUGAGCUUUCAUGGUUCCGCGCAACUUGUGAUAACCUCACAGAAUAUGGCGAUUGCCACAUUGCGAAUUAUCCCGUUAACUGCCCCCUUAGAUCAAGACCUGGAUACAUUCGCAGACUAUGGGAGAGUGUACUUGAAUAUGCAUUCUUCAUAGUGUUGAUCGGAUUUUGCCUUGUAACAAAAGGUAUAUUGUUAAGUCCAUGUGUAAUUGGGCUUUUGAUAUAUACAUGGCGUCGGAGGCAUUUAUCAAUGUACGAUGGGGUCGAAGAAUUUCUGCAAAGCCAAAACUCUCUUAUUCUAAUAAGGUACUCCUACUCAGACAUUAGGAAGAUGACCACAAAUUUUAAAGAUAAAUUAGGUGAAGGAGGUUAUGGCACCGUAUUUAAGGGAAAGCUUCGAAGUGGUGGUCUUGUAGCUGUAAAGAUGUUAGGCAAGUCUAAAGCGAAUGGACAAGAUUUCAUGAGCGAAGUUGCAACCAUUGGAAGGAUUUAUCAUGUGAAUGUAGUGCAACUCAUUGGCUUUUGUGUUGAAGGAUCCAAGAGGGCUCUAAUAUACGAUUUCAUGCCUAAUGGUUCUCUUAAUAAACACAUUUUUCCCCAAGAAGGAAGUAUCCUUCUAAGCUAUGAGAGAAUGUAUGAUAUUGCACUAGGAGUGGCUCGUGGGAUUGAAUAUUUACAUCGAGGAUGUGAUAUGCAGAUCUUACAUUUUGAUAUCAAGCCUCACAAUAUUCUUCUAGACGAGAAUUUUACUCCUAAAAUUUCUGAUUUUGGCCUUGCAAAAUUGUAUCCAGCAGAGGAUAGUAUUGUUUCUUUAACUGCCGCAAGAGGAACAUUAGGAUACAUGGCUCCAGAGUUGUUCUACAAAAAUAUUGGAGGCAUCUCAUAUAAAGCUGAUGUUUAUAGUUUUGGAAUGUUACUAAUGGAAAUGGCGGGUAGAAGAAAAAAUUUCAAUGACUCUGCUGAGCAUUCAAGUCAAAUAUACUUCCCCACUUGGGUCUAUGACCAAUUUCUUGAAGGAAAAGACGUAGAAUUGGAAGAUGCAACGGAAGAAGAAAAGAAAAGAAGUAAGAAGAUGAUAAUGGUUGCAUUAUGGUGUAUACAAAUGAAGCCUAAUGAUCGUCCUUCAAUGAACAAAGUCAUAGAGAUGCUUGAAGGAGAAAUCGAGUGCUUACAAAUGCCUUCCAAGCCUUUCUUAUCAUCAACUGAGAGUUUGACAAAGGAGGUCGGAGACAAUUCAAAUUCUACUUCGUCGUCUAGUCAAUUGGCUGAAUCAUGGCAAUCAUCUCAAUCUUAAAUCUCCUUGAAUUGUUAAGUCCAUC